CUUACAUACUCUUUCGAUAUCAAUUUGUACAUUGUUUUAUUCUUCCAAAUAAUUAAGUUGUCUGUUCGAAAACUUAAGACUCCUGUUCUUAGUUGUUUUUAGGGCGUUAUAAUGCUCUGUCUUAAAUUACAAACAUAAAUAUACUUAAUAUGAUAAUAGGACAUAUGACUAGUUACACCUUGCUAACGAGGGAAUGGGAAAGAUAGCUCCCAAGAAUGCCAAAAGCCAUUUGAAAGGACCUAAAUGCGGCAGGUUCGACAAGUCUGGUCAAGUAACUAUUAAACUGAUUAAUUUAGGUCCCAAUGAAGGCAUCUUUUAGUAAUCAAGAAAAAAUACGAAUCGAACGACCUCCUAAGACAAAUACCAGAGCGACCAAGCUUAAUUACAAAGAGAGUUGUCAAUUUGAUAAACAUUGACAUAACUCUUCAUCAAAGAGUCUCAAGAUUCAAUGUCAAUGUCAUGCCGCGAGGAAAUGCCUAGUUUCUACUCCUAUCGAUAACUGGUUGUUUGAAACUCAGAGUAUGCAAAAACUACUGUGAUGAUGCAACUUUCCUUCGCAACAUGAAGGGUUAUCUGUCCACGUUUUAUUCAUAACCCCCCUGCCUGUUGGUUACUUCUUCAUUUCUCGCACCCUGUACGGCAUGUGUACCAUCAUCGGGACUAGCGCCAAGAGACGCGAUCCGAUUCGAUUCCGACGGUUCCUUUCGCCAACGGCUUCUCCUCGCUCAAUGAUCCAAUUCUGCAGGAUUCAGGAGAGACCGACGAGGAUCGAGAGAGCUGACGCAGGCUGUUUAUUUGUUUGGGUUUCCCUCAAAACCAACGGAAAAUGAUGAGCAAUGGCCAUUCACAAGCAACCCUUCCAUGUGAGACUAGUUGUUCAACUAACUGUCUAAGUGGUUGAAGGUUGGUGUCAUAGAGUCUUGGGAAUCGUUCUCCAACGUGUUCGGUUCCUGAGAAGACAACAACUUUUCGAUAAACAUUCUUCCGGCCAACUCGACCUGACUGUUCCUCAGGUUGAAGUGUUCGUCAUCUUCAGCACACCGAACAAUGUGCUCCACUGAGUUCUUCGUCUUGAUCUUGCUUCAAAUCAGUAUCCUCUUGUCCAGUGAAGCUCGCCCUUUCUUUGAUUGUCUUUUCAAGAAUGAGUUAUCCUUCCUGUCUGAGGAGCCCAAGUUUAAGAUUGCCUCUAUUCAUUUCCACAAGCCCGUCAUGCAGAUUUCCAAGAACCGCAGCAUUGUGUUCCACAACAGCACCGACUAUGCCUUCGCCGGUCGACAUCACUAUCAUCAAGUGGAUUGGUUCACAUUGUGUCAUUCGGAAAAAACUGUCAGAGAUCUUCGCGUGAACGAUACCUUCCAUGUGUGCCAAGCGGGUUACCCUUCCAGGAAACUCGUAUACGACAAGAUUUUAAGGCAAGUGUUUGUCCUGGAGCCAGAAUCCCAUCACCACGUGUUGGAGGCGGUAGUGUACGAGCGUCAUUGGAGCCAAGUGGAACAUCGCUUCUACUUGAGACCCCGUGGGAGCAAACACAAGAUUCUCUCGGUGGGUUUCUCUGACAUGGAUCCAUUCAGUCUGGGACAAAAGGCCAUGACGGCAGAUCUGGAGGUGCAUUCAGAAGUGAUUCGACCGCACACACUGACGGAAAUUUGGGGGGCCGAACUCAUGAUCCAGACUUACAGUCAUUGAUUGAUUCCCCACAAAUCGUUCGGAAGUGCCUAAAUCGUCGCCUAGCCUUGAAUGCCUCAAAAUGGAGAACCUCUGGCCUCCAGAGUUCUUCAACUCGAAGCAGUCGAGACAGAAUCAAUCGGAAAUGUGGAGACUGGGCGGGGGAAGACGUUGGUUUACAGGCACUGACAAUUCUAUUGGAAGAAGAUCACAGUGCUUUUUCCAUGCCAGGACGUGGAGUGAAGCAGCGAUGCAUGCUCGAAAUAGCUGCAAAAUAUUGUUUUCUAGAUUUGGUAGCUCUCACACUACCUCUAAAAAUGUUCUCCCACUUCAACAAAUAAAAGCGAAAAGUGCAAAUGCCAGAAUUUUGGCGACUCACUGGCCGAUU